AUGGCCCAUAUCAUUGUACUAGGCGCUGGCGUGAUCGGCCUGCAAACGUCCCUCAGUUUGCUGAAGGAAAAAUACCGGGUGACACUCCUCUCCUCCCACUGGCCCGCCUCGGACUCUGACGACGUGUAUUACACAUCGAUGCACUCGGGCGCCCAGUGGCGUUCCAACCCGGCAGCCAAAGACGUCGAAGCGCAGUCGUGGGAUCGCGCGACGCUUGAGCACUGGAGGGAGCUGGUCGAGGCGCACUCCCCGCAAGAGAUUGGGCUCGAGAGGCUGCCCGCGCGUUUCCUCUGGGACAGCAGGCCGGAGCACGCGCUUGAGCACGAGCACUGGUGGAGCGAGCAAAAGUUGGUGCCUAUCCGCGAGAUCAACGACCCGCCCGCAGGAUUUGCUGCUGGAUUCGAGUACGAGACCAUCGCAGUUAACCCAAUCAUCUACUGCCAAUAUCUGCUCAGGGAAGGCAAGCGUCUAGGCGCUGAGACCAGGACGCUGCGGGUCAGUUCUCUGCAGGAAGCGUUUGACGCGGUGCCUGGGGGCCAAGUCGUCUUCAACUGCACGGGCGUGGCGGCAGGGCCGAUGGCUGGGGACAAGGCGUGCUUUCCUACCAUGGGCCAGCUCGUCCUGGUUCGCGGUCGGGCAGACAGAAUCAGCACGCGUCGUAACAUUGACGAACCAGAACCGUGGGAGGCCCUCGUGUUUCCCCGCCCGGGCGAGGAUGUGACGGUGCUCGGCGGCUGCAAAAUCCCAGACUCGUGGGAGACGGAACCCAGCGACGAAAUUACCAGGCGCAUCAUGGAGAGGUGCCAUUCGAUGGCACCCGAACUCCUGGACGAGCAGGGGAACUUCACCGUUGUCAAGGCCACGGUCGGACUGCGGCCGUCGAGACACGGUGGGCCGAGAGUGGAGAAGGAGGAUCUAGGCAAUGACAGGCUCGUUAUUCACAACUACGGCCACCAUAGCGCUGGCUUUGAAGGGAGCGUGGGCGCCGCCGAGGCAGGAAUUUCUCUCCUUCGGAAGCACUUGUCUAGGUAG